AUGGCGCCCACCCAGGUGCACCACCACCGCUCCACUACCAAGCAGUCCCACAAGCCUUUCAAAACCAAGCAUGCGUCCAAGAGCGCUCUGAAGGAAAAGGCCAAGGGAAAAGUUGAGACGGAGCGGGGCAGUCGCAAAACCCCCCACCAACAGCUCAAAUCGAAACUUGAUCGUCGCAACCAGGCUCGUCAGAGACAGCAAUUAAAGCACCAGGAGAAGGCUCAGGCUACUAGCAUCUUCUCUGGUCAAAAUGGUGCCCCCCGCCACGUCGCGAUCGUCCCGUUGUCGGUCGACAUCGAUGUCACCGCUGCUAUCCGUGCCCUGAAUGAGAGCGUCGAUGUCUCGAGCGAGGUUUCACCCGACGAAACUACCCGUGUGCGAGUCGACCGCUUCCGACAGAGCCUGAACUACAUUCCCUGUAAAUAUGACCUGAUCAAUGCGCUGGACGUCUGCCGUAUGGCCGAUUUUGUUGUGCUUGUGCUGUCUGCCGAGGAGGAGGUUGAGGAGGAGGGCGAGUUGCUCUUGCGUUCGAUCGAAAGCCAGGGUAUCUCCAACGUUCUGACCCUGGUCCAGGGUCUCGACACCGUGAACCCCGCCAAGAAGCGGCCGCAAGUAGCGAGUUCUCUGAAGUCGUUCAUCAACCACUUCUUCCCUGCUGUUGAGAAGGUCAUGUCGCUCGACUCGCGACAGGAAUGCUCCAACGCCAUCCGAUCGCUCUGCACCGCCACGCCCAAAGGUAUCCGUUGGCGUGAUGAGCGCAGUUGGAUGCUCAUCGAGGAUGUCGAAUGGCCUAAUGCCAGCUCAGAGUUGGUUGACGGUGUUGUCAUUACGGGUGUCGUUCGUGGAAAGGGUCUUAAAUCAGACCGUAUUGCGCAUAUUCCUGGCUGGGGUGAUUUCCAGAUCGACUCAAUUACAUCGGCUCCUCUUUCAGCCAAGAACAAGCGGGAUGAUGCGAUGAAUGUCGACAGCAAUGAGUCUACCCAGAUUUUGGAUGGUCCUUCUGCCGACCAGGACGAUUUGGCCACCGUUGCCCCCGAAGAGAUUGAGAUGGAGGAUGAUGAUAUGGUCUCUGUGGCAGAUACCGAACGCAAGGGCGUCCUGCUCGAUGACCACCACUACUUUUCGGACGAUGACUCUCACAUUCCCCCCAAGCCCAAGCGACUACCUAAGGGUACUUCAGAGUACCAGUCAGCUUGGUAUCUGGAGGAUGUCUCGGAUUCCGGAUCUGACUUGGUCGAUGAUGAAGAAGAUGAGGAUAUGGAAAUGGAUACGGCUGGUGCCCCCGAAGAUGGAAUUUUCCCAGAUAACCAGGAUGCCAUGACAGAGGGCGGCCCCUCUGAAUACCCCCAGUCAGAGAUGUUCUUGGAUCCAUCUCCGGAGGAUGAAGCACAAGAGUUGGAGGCUUACCGCCAGAGCCGCCGAAACGAGGCCGAAGAAGACCUUGAAUUCCCGGACGAGAUUGAACUGCAUCCAAACGUAUUGGCACGAGAGCGCCUGGCCCGUUUCCGCGGCUUGAAGAAUAUGAAGCUGAGUACAUGGGAAACCUCUGAGGACCGCCCAUUUGAGCCGGAAGACUGGCGACGAUUGUUGCAAUUUGGUGACUACAAGGGAACCAAGAACCGAAUUACCCGUGAAGCACUGGUCGGCGGAGUCAACCCUGGUAUUCGUGUCAAUGUCCACCUUCGUGCUGUGCCCACCUCGCUCCGCCACAAGGCCCAGCCAGUUUCCCUCUUCUCGCUACUGCGCCACGAGCACAAGCACACUGUGGUCAAUGUCAACAUCACCCUGAACUCUAGCGUUGAGCAUCCUCUGAAGUCCAAGGAGGAGCUUGUCAUUCAGUGUGGUGCUCGCCGCAUGGUGGUCAACCCCAUCUUUUCUGCUGGCGACAAGACGCCAAAUAAUGUUCACAAGUUUGACCGCUUUCUUCAUCCAGGCCGCAGCGCCAUUGCCUCUUGGAUCGGACCUAUGACUUGGGGCGCGGUCCCUGUGCUCGUUUUCAAGCAGAGACAAGCAGAACAAGAUCCUGAGAUCCUUGACUCAGCAGAUGAGGACAAGCAGGAGCCCCUUGCCAUGGACCGCCUCCAGCUCAUUGGCACUGGUACUGUGGUUGCACCCGAUCCUCGCCGUGUUAUUGCAAAGCGCGCCAUUCUCACCGGUCACCCGUUCAAGAUCCAUAAGAAGGUUGUUACUGUUCGGUACAUGUUCUUCAACUCCGAGGAUGUUAGCUGGUUCAAGGCGCUGCAGCUUUGGACCCGCCGUGGCCGCAGCGGAUACAUCAAGGAGGGCCUGGGUACUCACGGUUACUUCAAGGCUACUUUCGAUGCCAAAAUCAACCCUCAAGACUCUAUUGGUAUCAGUUUGUACAAGCGUGUCUUCCCUCGCCGUGCUCGGGCUUUGGAGGAGGUUCUUGCGUAA